AUGUCGUCAGAGAGGAAGAUAACACUGAAAAGCUCGGACGGCGAGACGUUCGAGGUGGACGAGGCGGUGGCCUUGGAGUCUCAGACGAUAAAGCACAUGGUCGAGGACGAUUGUGCGGACAAUGGGAUCCCACUUCCCAACGUCACCAGCAAGAUCUUGGCCAAGGUCAUCGAGUACUGCAAGAAGCACGUCGACGCUGCUAAGCCCGACGACCGCCCUUCCAACGAUGAGGACCUCAAGGCCUGGGACACCGACUUUGUCAAGAUCGACCAGGCCACCCUCUUCGAUCUCAUACUGGCUGCAAACUAUUUGAACAUAAAGAGCUUGCUGGACCUGACUUGCCAAACGGUGGCGGACAUGAUCAAGGGCAAAACACCUGAGGAGAUUCGCAAGACGUUCAACAUUAAGAACGACUUUACGCCCGAGGAAGAGGAGGAGGUCCGCAGGGAGAACCAAUGGGCUUUCGAGUGA